AUGGAAUAUUUGACAAGAAUCAUGAAGAAAGUGGGAUGCAAGAAGGAUUUUGCCUUCCAUGAGAGAUGUGAUGGUCUCAAGCUUAACCAUUUAUGUUUUGCAGAUGAUGUACUACUUUUCUGCAGAGGAGAUUUCAAGAGUAUUAUCCUUUUGCUACAAGGAUUGAAACUCUUCUCAGCAACCUCUGGAUUGCAGCCUAAUAAAGCUAAAUCGGCCAUUUACUGUAGCAACAUGGAAGAAUAUGAGAUAGGAAGAGUCUUAGAAGCUUCUGGAUUCACAAGGCAACAAACUCCAUUCAGAUAUCUUGGUGUUCCUAUCUGCACCAAAAAAAUUUCAAAACAGGAAUGCAAUGUUCUAAUUGAAAAGAUGAUUGCAAGAAUUCGAACAUGGAGCACCAGACAUAUCUCCUUUGCAGGUAGAGCAGUACUCAUCAAUUCAGUACUUUCAGCUAUACACUCUUAUUGGUGCCAAAUACUCAAGCUCCCAAAGAAGGUAAUACACGAGAUAGAAGCUAUUUGUAGAGCUUUUUUAUGGAAAGGCCAAUUCAUGAUGCAAGGAGCAGGUUUACUAGCCUGGGAUAAGGUAUGCCAAUCAAGAACAGAAGGAGGCUCGGGGAUUAAAAAGAUUGCUGAAUGGAAUAUGGCUGCCCUCUUCAAAUAUGUGUGGGCCCUUGCUAAUAAAGAGGAUAACUUGUGGGUCAAAUGGAUACACAAUGUGUAUCUUAAAGAGGAAGAAUGGUGGGAAUACCAAGCUCCUAGUAAUGGGAGCUGGUAUUGGAAGCAAAUAGUGGCAGCAAAGAAUCAAUUAAGCAACUUGGUGGACACACAGAAUUUCUCCCAAACCAGGUACACAAUUUCACUUGGUUAUGAACUGCUAUGUCCCAUUCAAAAUAGGGUGACUUGGAGUAACGAAGUAUGGAAUAGGUUUAACACACCUAAACAUAGUUUUAUACUAUGGUUUGCCAUACAAGAUAGACUGAAAACUAAGGAAAGACUACAAAAAUUCCAAGUACUAACUGUCGCGGAUUGCAGCUUCUGCUCACACAAGUUGGAGACUACAAAGCAUCUGUUCUUCACCUGCUUAUUUUCUCUUGAGUGCUUACAGAAAAUCAAAGAUUGGCUGAAUUGGGGGGCUCGAACCAAUGAGCUAACACAGCUGUUAAAAUGGAUUCACAAAGCAAAAAUCAGCAAGUUUAAGAAGCAAGUUUUGGCAGCAGCAACAGCAAGCUUAGUUUACUUGAUUUGGUUUGCUAGAAAUGAAAAAUUGUGGAAUAAUCAAGUAGAAAACAUUGAUGUAACUGUACAGAAAGUUAAACAUAGUGUUAAACAUAGAAUAGAGUUGUUUUGGCCUAAAAAGGUAGGACAACAAGAUAGAGAUUGGUUUCACAUGUUGUGA